AGGAAAAUCAAGCAAAAAAGCCGAACGAAAAGAAAACAAUGGUCGGAUUAUUAUCCUCUGUUAGCCAUGCCAUUUUUACACCUACCACUUCCACGCUCCAUCGCCGGAGCGUCAACCAAACGCGCUGUUGCCGUCUCCCAUCAUCAUCCUUCCGGUUGUCGAUGUUCAGCUCUCUUGGUUCACAGAGCAAUGCGGUUUGUAUCUUUAGCCGGAAGCCACUCUCAUCAACCACCGACCGUGCACCCCUCGCCGCCAUACCUUUCGACAUCUAUCCUCCUCCGAUUGACCACGACCUUCAUGAUGACAUGGCUAUUGCGGGGGUAAAGGUGUCAGAAGAUUGGGUUAUUGAAACAUUCGAUAAUGAUGAGGAGGCGCUAGAUGUGGUUGACAAUGGCACCGUGGUUGUUGAUCUUUCCCAUUAUGGCAGGCUAAGAGUCAGUGGAGAAGAUCGUAUCCAAUUUCUUCACAACCAAAGCACUGCAAACUUUGAGGCACUCUCUGAAGGAGGGGGGUGUGACACUGUCUUUGUAACUCCAACUGCUCGAACAAUUGAUAUUGCCCAGGCAUGGAUCAUGAAAACCGCGGUUACACUUGUUGUAUCACCAUUGACAAGUGGAAGUAUCAGUGAAAUGCUCAAGAAGUACAUAUUUUUUGCUGACAAGGUAGAAAUUCAAGACAUUAGUGAGAAGACGUGUUUGUUUGCACUUGUUGGACCGAAAAGCAAUCAAGUAAUGGUGGAUCUGAAUCUUGGUGACCUUAUUGGACAACCUUAUGGCUCACAUAAGCAUUACAAUGCAAGUCAUUUCUUUGUUGGUGGCAAUCCAGUAACGGUGGCAGUGGGAAGUGUCGUCUCUGAAGAAGGUUUCUCACUAUUGAUGUCACCAGCUGGCGCAGGAUUGAUAUGGAAAACUCUUUUAAGUCAUGGUGCAACCCCGAUGGGUUCCAAUGCAUGGGAGACAUAUAGAAUUCUCCAAGGAAGGCCAGCACCUGGUAGUGAGCUUACAGACGAGUUUAAUGUUCUGGAGGCUGGUCUGUGGAAUGCAGUAUCUUUGAACAAAGGAUGUUACAAAGGACAAGAAACCAUUUCCAGAUUAAUCACAUACGAUGGCAUCAAACAGAAGUUGUGGGGAAUUCAGCUUUCAUCCCCAGUGGAACCCGGCACUCCAAUUACAGUUGACGGAAAGAAGGUAGGAAAGUUAACAAGUUACACGGCUGGAAAGAGUGGAAACGACCAUUUUGGUCUAGGAUACAUCAAGAGGAAAGCUGCUUCAAAAGGGGACACAGUUGUCGUUGGAGACAAUAUUUCUGGGACAGUGGUCGAAGUUCCUUAUCUUGCACGCCAACGGCCAUUGACGUUGAAUUCAAAACCUUAGUUCUGAGCAUCCAAAAGCGGCUCCUAUCUGUUCCAUGCUCACUUUCGUUCAGCGUCUACCAAGUAAGUCGAACAUCAUUGCAUUGGUGCUCACUUAUCAUAGUAGAAAGUAUUUAAUCUAGGCUGAAAAAUUCGUAGGAUGUAUGAUUUGUUAUACAAAUUGGAGCACAACAAAAGGAUAAUAUGUCUUGAAACUGGUAACUAUGUUUCUUGACAUUUGUUUUUAACCUAUUUCCCAUACAUUUAUCCCUGCUGCUUUGCAC